AUGGUAGAAAUCCUAAGGAGAUCACAGUACAGCUCCAUAGCAAAAUGAAUCAGUGGUUAUUCCUCAUCGUGUUAGUCACAUGUGUAUCCUAUGGAUACGGGCAAGAUAAUGCUGAAGAAAUACAAAAGCUGAAGGAUACGAUCUUUCGCGGUUGCGCAAAACAAUUUAAUUUAGAGGACGCUGCUUUUGACGAUCUGUACCACGCAAGAAGCGUAGACAAAAUAAAAGAUAAGUGUGUUUUGAAAUGUAUAUUGGACAAAUACGGCCUCAUAAAAGGUGAUAAAUUAGAAGCAGAGAAUCUUUCGAAGUCUCUUGCGGGGCAUUGGAAAGAUAAAGCGAGAACAAAUAGAAUAAUUCAGGCAACCUUGGAUUGCUUCAAAAAAGUGCCAGAGAAACCUGAUAUAUGUGCAAUGUCAUAUGAUGCAUUUUUUUGUUUCUUCGAUGUUGUACAAAAGGAACACACUGAAUACGGAGAUGGAUCAAAUUAAAAAUUUAUGUUUAUAUAAUGUUAUAUGUUAAAUAGUUAUUAUCCAAAUUUUAGUAUAAUUAUCUUAUAUUAAUUCAUGUUCCAUUACAAAUACAUAAGCCAUUAUGGAAAGAAACUGUUAAAUUUCAAACUAUUUUAUAAUAUUAUAAAUUGUUAAAUGGACCAGUGUACGAAACUAAAUUUAUAAUAAAAAAAUCUGUUUUAAACAAUCAAUAAUAUAGGACAUGUAUAAAUAAAAUUUAUAAAAAUUCCAAUAAGUAAUAUUGUAUA